ACCUGUAAAUAAAAAUCUCGCCUAUGGAGUAUCUGGAGCCGGGGAGGGAAGUGCUCGGUUUCCAAAAUCCCUCCCCAUCCGGCCAUGGAUUACAGCCUCGCAGCGCUGAAGCUCUUGUGCUGCCAGCUAAAAGACGCUCGCCCGACUACCUCCUCCCCUUCCGCCAUGACCCUCUACGGCAUCCUCUUCCAGCGCGCCUGGCUUCAGGGUGUUUUGGUUUCAGGUUGUGAGGAGGGGCGUUUCGUGCUCGACGACGGGUCCGAUGUCAUCGAACUGGGCAUGUGCUCUGAGUCCGGGUCUCAGGAGUGGAAGACGGGGAUGUAUGUUAUGGUUGUGGGGCAUUUUGUCGCUGCUCCUGCUCAAUCUGGUGGUCUUCCUCUGAUCAAGGUAGUUCACAAGAUAGUUGAUCUCUCAGGAUACCCUGACAGGGAAGCAAUGUGGCAUUUCGAAGUCAUCGAGGCUUAUAAAUUGUUCUAUGUACCUUCAGUUGAAUGACAUUUGCGGUUUCUUCUUUCUAUACCUGCUGGGACAAUGUACCCUUCAACUGCUUAUUAUCUUUAAGAAAUCCAAAUUUUCCAGACCUGGCCGUGUAUUCUCAGCGUGUAACAAAUAGUCGCUUUGUUUAGGCUGUCUUUAAAAGGAUUUUUCAAGAGACAAGUAGAACUUUUUGAUUUUAAGGCAAUUACUCCAGUAAUUGGUGAA